AUUGAGUCAAAGUAAACACGAGGCUAAAAACGCUGAGAAAAGUCACCAAAUGACAUGGUGUACUAAGUCCGCCCAAUAAUUUCUCCCAGGAGCCAAACAAAAAGUCCUCUCUCUCUCUCUCUUUCCCUCGUAUGGACUUAUAUGUAGCUAUCAUAAUCUAUUCCUUCACCUUAAUUUCCAAGUAGACUCUAUUAAUUAAUUGCAGAUCAUACUCCAUAGUUCGUACUAUGGAGAAUGGUGAGCACCCUCUUCUCUCUCCAAGGCAAGGGAGCCAAUCAGGCAACGCAGAAGGGCGCCGCGGGACGACUCAGCCCUACUCCUCCUCUGCCACCUUCUCCUUCACCCCGGGGACCGACGAUAUCGCCCCAAUCACUGGGCCCCGGGAUUUCUUCCGUGAGUUCUCUGUCGAGGCAAAGAAGUUGUGGUUCCUAGCAGGACCUGCUGUCUUCACCUCCAUCUGCCAGUUCUCGCUCGGUGCAGUCACCCAGGUGUUUGUCGGCCAUGUCAGUACCCUCGCUCUCGCUGCCGUCUCCAUUGAGAAUUCCGUCAUUGCUGGGUUCUCCAUGGGCCUCAUGCUGGGGAUGGGGAGCGCAUUAGAGACGCUGUGUGGGCAGGCUUACGGGGCGGGGCAGCUGGACAUGCUCGGGAUCUACAUGCAGCGGUCUUGGAUCAUCCUCAACUCCAUGGCAGUCGUCCUCUGCCUCCUCUACAUCUUUGCGGCCCAGCUCCUUAGGCUGAUAGGGCAGACGAAGGAGAUAUCACAGGGCGCCGGGAUGUUUGCCAUCUGGAUGAUCCCGCAGCUGUUUGCAUACGCCAUGAACUUCCCCAUCGCCAAGUUCCUGCAGUCCCAGAGCAAGAUCAUAGUCAUGGCGGUGAUCGCGGGGGUGGUGUUAGUCCUCCACACCGUGUUCAGCUGGCUCCUCAUCUUGCGACUCGGCUGGGGCCUUGCCGGUGCAGCAGUGGUCCUCAACACCUCGUGGUGGGUCAUCGUGGUGGCGCAACUCAUCUACAUCUUGAGCGGUACGUGCGGCCGGGCGUGGACCGGCUUCUCCUGGAAGGCGUUCCAGAACCUAUGGGGGUUCGUCCGACUCUCUCUUGCCUCCGCGGUGAUGCUUUGCUUGGAGGUUUGGUAUUACGUGGUCCUGAUUCUAUUUGCUGGAUAUUUGAAGAAUGCCGAGGUUUCUGUUGAUGCAUUGUCUAUUUGCAUGAGCAUCGUGGUUUGGACUGUCAUGGCGGCCCUCGGAAUGAAUGCGGCCGUAAGCGUGAGGGUGUCAAAUGAACUGGGGGCAGGCCACCCAAGGACGGCCAAAUUUGCACUGGCUGUCGCCGUGGUAAAUUCUUUCUCGAUCGGGGUGGUUGUUUCGGUUUUCUUGAUAGCUGUGAGGAAGGACUACCCGUCCCUAUUCUCUAGUGACACCUCCGUCCAGGAUGUAGUGGAGGAGCUCACGCCGUUGCUCGCCUUCUGCAUCCUCAUCAACAACGUUCAGCCUGUCCUCUCUGGUAUGGCGGUGGGAGCAGGGUGGCAGGCUACAGUGGCAUACGUGAACAUCACGUGCUACUAUCUGUUCGGAGUGCCGAUGGGUCUCAUCCUGGGUUAUUGGCUCGACUGGGGCAUUAGGGGGAUAUGGUGUGGAAUGCUGGGCGGGACGAUCGUGCAAACCAGCGUUCUCUUCUACAUUUUUUACAAGACGAAUUGGAACAAAGAGUUUCUGCUCUUUUGCAGGCCUCAAUGGCAGGAGACAGAAUAAGGAAAUGGGGAGGGCGUCAAGAUUCGGAACAAUUAGCAGCAGACGACAUGCUGGGAAAUGAAGACAACUAAAAUCUUCAAAGGAGCUGAUGAAAUUAAUAAACUUAGCAGCAGAACUUGGCAAGCAAUGAUACAAGUGACACGAGGAGAGAAUAUCUAUCUAUUCUCGAACUAAUUUCUGAUCAGACGAGCUACAGGGAGCCACAUGAGCCGACACAGUCUACAGAGACCAGCCUCGAGAUCUUCUGCUUUUCACAAGUCUAUUUUACUUUGAUGUUGCCGAAACAGACCAAGCAUGGGAACGGAUUAUUAUUUCCAAUGCCCUGCAUAGGUUACUUUCUAUUUACAGACUGGCAACUGCUCUCUUCUACUGAUCAAACUAGCUGAACUGGUAAAAGCGAGAUAACACA